ACUCCCAUUUCUUCAUCUCCUUUAGUCUGUCCUCUUCCUUUCGGCUGCAGAGGACGGUCUUUCUGGUUUCCGGAGAGAGAAAUCGUACUGUCGAGGCGGUGGAGAUGGUGGCGGAGGUGAGCUCCUUGACACGGAUGGUCGAUGGCUACAAGGAGGAAGGAGAGGGGAAGUCGGAGCUCGUCACUCUCGACUUGCUCGGUGGCUGCUGCGGCGACGGUGGUGCCGCCGCCGCCGCCGCCGAAGUGAAUCUCGAGUUCCAGAUCCGGACCGCCGGCGGUGAGAUGCGCCUCGCUCCGUCGUCAGCGAAGUUGUGCCAUCAACAGACGAAGAAGCCCAGUCCGGCCUCUCCUCAUCUUCACGAUCUCAGUCUCUCGCCUCCGUGGCUCUCUGCUGCAUCCGUCGGCCGGAAGCAUCCUCCGGCGGCGACCUCCGUCGCGUACAACAGCGUCUGCACCCUGGAGAAGGUCAGAUCAGCACUGGAGAGGGAGUCGCGCCUGGCCGCCGACGCCAGGGUCCCAGUAGCACACCUGGGCUCCGCCUCCUCGCCCUCCUCCUCGCGGUCCUCCUUGUCCUCAGCCCCCGCCACCACCAUCACCACCAAUUCCUCGUCCGCCAAGCGGCGGCCGAACGAACCCGACGAAUUAAACGGCGAGCCGGCGAUGGCCGUGGUGGCGUGCCCGGAGUGCCUUCUCUACGUGCUCGUCUGCAAGGUGGAGCCGCGGUGCCCGAGGUGUGCGGCUCACGUACCGGUCAACGACACCAACAAGAAGCCCCGCCGCAUCGACCUCAACUUCUCAUUCCAAACGGGAAGCAAUGAAUGAUUCAAACUGAGGACUGCAAAUUUUGUGAUUUUGUGAUGGAUCGAUGAAGUGCUUCAGUUUUUUACAGGUUUAAUUUCUGUAUAAUACGUCAUCAAUAUGCUAGAUGGUGCUGCCAAACUUGCUCAUAAAUACGUAUAUAUGCUAACUAGUUCUUGGCAUUGUUUAA